AUGUGUGGGAUACAGAGAAGAGAAAAGCACUGCAAUACUGUUACGUAAAGCUGCAGAGGAGGCUAUAUAGCAAGAAGGAUCUAAACCAACAGGAAUAUUAACAGCCUACAACCUACACAGCAAUGUGGUGCAGGAUGUGCUCAGAGGGAAAUCUUUCCUCUUGAGAAAAUAUAUGCCUAUUAACCCGAUUAAGAAUUACUCAUUUAAUCACACAUUCAAUCAGCCGUAAUGGGUUCCUUCUCUAGAUUGCCUUUUCCUUUUUGCAUGAAGAAGAUUUAUGUGAAGGGACUAAUGCAAGGUCGUAGACUUUGUCCUAUUUUUUUUUUUUCAGGGAACACAUGGUAUUGAUUCUUAUUCAAACAGUGUGGGCUGUUCAACAUAUGCAUGUACCCUUUACAAGACUUAACACCCUACAGCUACAUCAGGCCUCAGUAGAUAAACAUUUGUUGUGGAAUGAUUUGAGAGUUAAUUAUUUAUGGGUUAGUUGUUGAUUUAUGUGAACUGUUGCAGAGAGAAACAGAUGAAGGGUCAUCUCUCACAAAACAUGUCCGACAAGCCAGUGUGUGUGAGUGAUUUUGAGCAGCAAGCUCAAAGAAUCUUACCUAAAGCAAUAUUUGAUUAUUAUUUCUCUGGAGCAGAUCAGCAGGAAUCACUAGCUGAUAAUGUAGCAGCGUUCAAAAGGUGGCGCUUGUUCCCACGCGUCCUUAAAGAUGUAUCCAAGGUGGACAUGUCGACGACUGUGCUGGGACAGCGUGUGAGCAUGCCUGUGUGUGUAGCAGCCACUGCAAUGCAGAGAAUGGCUCACCCUGACGGAGAGACCGCCACUGCUAGAGCUUGUUUGUCUGCUGGGACAGGUAUGAUGCUGAGCUCCUGGGCCACCUCCACCAUAGAGGAAGUAGCAGAAGCAGCCCCAGGCAGUGUGCGCUGGAUGCAGCUCUACAUUUACAAAGACCGAGCACUGACUCAGUCUCUGGUCAGAAGGGCUGAAGAGGCAGGAUAUAAGGGUAUCUUUGUCACAGUGGACACACCUUAUCUUGGCAAGCGACGCGAUGACGUGCGCAAUCGCUUCAAGCUGCCAUCUCAUUUGAGUCUGAUGUUUGAUGUGAACAAGCAAUUGACCUUCACCUGCUUGAGUCUACAAGUGUCUACAUACCACCACAAUCUACAUGAUAGUUGCAGGAUGGCCAAUUUUGAAACGCCUGAUUUAGCGUUCGCAUCAAAGGAGGGCUACGGGGAGGACAGCGGCCUGGCAGUGUAUGUGGCUCAGGCCAUUGAUCCCACAUUGAAGUGGGAGGAUAUUGCUUGGCUAAAAAGAAUCACUUCCUUGCCUGUGGUGGUUAAAGGAGUUCUGAGAGCGGAGGAUGCCAAAGAAGCUCUGAAAUAUGGUGUCAACGGGAUACUUGUGUCGAACCAUGGAGCAAGACAGCUUGAUUGUGUUCCAGCCACUAUCGAUGCCUUGCCUGAGAUCGUGGAGGCCGUGGGUGGCAGAGCAGAAGUCUAUCUGGAUGGAGGAGUACGCACGGGUACAGAUGUGCUAAAGGCGCUAGCGCUAGGGGCAAAGGCUGUGUUUAUAGGAAGACCCGUCCUGUGGGGCCUGGCCUGUGAGGGUGAGAAAGGUGUUAGCGAUGUGCUCCAGGUGCUACGAGAGGAACUUCAUCUUGCAUUAGCUCUCACAGGAUGCCGAUCUUUGAAGGAAAUCGAUAGGAGCCUUUUGAGAAGAUCUGAGCAAAUCCCAAGGUUAUGAUGACCUGCAUGAAGCUGUCCAUUUUUAUAUGAGUUGAGGCACAGAAUAAAUUAAACAUAUACCAAAAAGUCAUUAGAACACAUUGUUUGUACUAUAAGCUCUCAUAAUAGUUUAUAUAGAAGAAAUACUCCGAAAGCCAUAGAAUUAAAACAAUUAACAUUAAAACGACCUAGGGUUUAGGUUCCUUGGGUUACCAAAACAGCUCCUAUCCCUUAAGGCAUGGCUCCAGAAGACUUCUGAAGGUGUGCUGUGGUAUCUGGCACCAGGACAUUAGCAACAGAUCCUUUAACUGCUGUAAAUUGCAAGGUGGUGCCUCUAUGGAUUGCAUUUGUUUGUCCAGCACAUCCCAUGGGUGCUCAAUCAGAUUGAGAUCUGAGGACUUUGGCGGAUGGAUCAACAACCUUGACCUCUUCGCCUGCUAAGUGUUAUUCAAGUCACCUGACGUUAAUAUUAAUGUUAUGGUUGAUUGGUAUAUAUGUUUUAAUGUUUUACCGACAAAGUCAGAGUCAUUCUUUGCCAUACUUUCUUAUUUGUCUUGAAAUAAUAUAAGCAAUAAUAAUAAAAAGUAUAUAUAUAUGGUCAGCUUAUUGUAUACAGUAGUUUCUUGUUUUAAUGCUCUCAUUAUUUAGACUAUAUUAAAUGUGUCAGCAUGCA